AAUUCACGGGCCCGGUAGUCGUUUUGCGUCAUCAACCAGAACAAAAUCCCUUAGUGUCUUUAACAUCAACCCGCUCGUUAUUACGGUCUUAGAGAUGCUGCCGCUGCUUUGGUAGCUGUGAGAUCCGCUGCGAUUUCCUCGCUCCUACACCCACGGGCACACGCCCAGUCUGCGCCGUGGACGCGCCGGAAUUCCGAGCCCAUCACACCCAGAUUGUGGGGUGUUCGCGGGUUUAUGCGAUUUAUUUAUUUAAUUUGUUAUAUAACCGCGGGUGAGAAUACACAUGCACAUUCGAGCUCGGAAGACCAACGGACCUCUUUAAGCGGACCUUUGGCUUGGUUUAUGUGCGUGCGCUCUCUGCGUUGCUCUCAAAGCACUGCAGAGGCUUCAGCUCGAGUGUUGGGCCGAAUUCCUGUCGCAAACGCUGGGGACGCCCCCACCUUAGCACAACCUCCUACGCCGAGCAUCUGGAGCGAGACUCCGCCGCCACCCACCAACCCUGCGUCUAGACAGCCCAGCGGAGCAGGCAGACGCACGUGAGCUUCAGCCAUGGCGGAUCCGGCCCUGCCGUCUCCGGGCGAGCCCCCGCUCCGCUCGCCGCGCUCAGAGCCACACCCGCUCUCCUUCCCUGUCCUGAGGGAGGGCAGUCGCGUGUGGGAGAGAAUGCCGCUGCACCAUGGGGAGCUGCCCAGCCCGCUGCCCACCAAACGCACACGCACCUUUUCUGCUACGAUGCGGGCAAAGUCAGGUUCUGUGUAUACAGGCUUGUGUAAGAACUUCUCAAGGUCACAGGGUCAUGGCUUCAUCAGACCGGCCCAUGGCGGAGAGGACAUCUUUGUCCACAUCUCGGACAUUGAGGGCGAGUACGUUCCCGUGGAGGGCGACGAGGUCACGUAUAAAGUCUGCCCCAUCCCACCCAAGAACCAGAAGCUCCAGGCGGUGGAGGUGACCAUCACGCACCUGAACCCCGGAACGAAGCAUGAGACGUGGUCGGGGCAGAUCAUCAGCUCGUAGGCCCUGCCCCGGGCCAGAGUGGGGGUGAGGGGUAGGGUGCUGGGUGCCGGGGUGGGGCAUUUUUUCACACAGGGAUACUACAGAUGCAGAGGGGGUGGGGAGACGGAGGUCAGGACUGGACAGGACUGUGAUCGCGGAGGUGGAAGAAGAAGAUGACGGCUUCUCUUCUUUUAAAAUGAAAGGGAAUCUGAUGAACAGGGAAUGUGUUUUUGAUGCAGGUGGGAAUGAGAAGUCCAGCGGUGUAUACACCAGAGUAAGACAGAGACAUGGAGAGAGAGAUUAUGGAAGUAAGGAAGAUGAGACGGUAUUUGAUUCUAGAGAGGAAGGAACUGGCUGAAAACAAGGGAAGAAUGGUCAUAGUAUAUGGGCUUACUGAACUGUGAAAGAAUGAAGAAUCUUGCUCCACACAGAUGAUCGGUCACCUUCUUUUAACUGUUAGCCUUUAUUUAUUUAUUCAGAUGUUAAUUUGUUAGUGAUUUUGUCAGACUACUUAUAGGGGGGUUUCAUUUUAAAUGAUGUUGCAAAUUAUGCUGGAAUUUGAGCACCAUUAACUAAUAUUGCACUUAAAACUUGAACCCCAAAAAAACAUACUGCCAAACUGACCACAACUCCCAGAAUUCCAGUGGGAGCAAUUCAGGGUAAAACGUACAGCAUUUUGUAGUCCAAUGCAGAUAAAACAGUGGGCCUAGCAAAAAUACUUCUACUAAGCAUAAUGGAAAGUCUUAAACUAUUUUGUGUUCUUUUCUGUUGUUACAGUAUUAAGGCCUAUUCAUAAUGAGUGUUGGGAAUAGCUUACACAUUAGAAACCUUUGGGUUGCUCAUGUUAUGUUUCAUGUAUUGUUAGGCCUCCCAUUGCAUGUAGUCAACAUUCAUCAAGUAAUCUUCUCCAGCAAAGUUUCUAUGCAUCUUUUCUAUGCUUUGCUAUAUUAAUUGGUUGUUUUUGUACUGUCAGUACUCAACUGACAACUAGUUAGUUUUUUAUUUAUUUCAGAGCACUUUCUUUCUCCGGUCAGAUCACUGUGGCUGGUUUAAACGUCAUUUAUGUGUGAACUUUGCCAGAGUAAUGAAAAUAAAAAAAACAACAACA